AGAAUUCCCAGCGCAGAGAAAGUGCGUCCGUCAGGUCUGCGCGGAGGAGUGAGUGUCUGCUCCAUCUUUCUCUUUUGAACUGAAACAGCAAGACUUUUCCCCGCACUCUCCUAUGUUAGGUGAACAGCUGGGUGCUCACGCCAGAAUCGCAGCUGCAGCCGGAGAGUGACAAUCCGAGAUGCCCAGCUACCCUCUCCCAUAGCCCCGCCGGGGAGCGGGCGUCAGGUGCGUCCUGAAGAGAGGGCAGAGGGGCGGGGCGCGGGUCUCUCCCGGACUCUCAUCUGCCACCUGCCGCCGCCCUGGGCGUGUGCUGGAGAAGCUGCGAACCUGCUGCCUGGCAGAGCCAGAGACACUGGGGGAUCGGAGGGCUCGGCAGGGUGUGUGCUGUAGGGGGAGCUUGGAGGGCCUGCGGGAGUGUGAGGGAGGGAAGGAGAGGAGGAGGAGGAGUCCCAGACAGCAGGCCCGGCGCCGGAGCAGCCCUGCCCCCGGACCCGGGUACCCAGCCCCGGGAGCAUGGCCUCUGUUGCCUGCGCCUUCUUCUCUGUCCUCUCUGCGCUGCUGCUUCUGUCCUUACGGACCCAGAGCCCAGCGGUAGCAGGAAACCCACACAGUUGUGAUGUUCCCCUGGCCUCCGCCUUGCCCCUGUCCUCCUUCAGCAGUUCCUCAGAGCUGUCCAGCAGCCAUGGCCCUGGAUUUGCAAGGCUUAAUAGAAGAGAUGGAGCUGGUGGCUGGACCCCACUUGUGUCAAAUAAAUACCAGUGGCUGCAGAUUGACCUUGGAGAGCGAAUGGAGGUCACUGCUGUGGCAACACAAGGAGCAUACGGGAGCUUUGACUGGGUGACCAGCUAUCUCUUGAUGUUCAGUGAUAGUGGGAGGAACUGGAAGCAAUAUCGACAAGAAGAAAACAUCUCGGGAUUUCCAGGGAACACGAAUGCUGACAGUGUGGUGCACUACAGACUCCAGCUGCCCUUCGAAGCCAGGUUCCUGCGCUUCCUCCCCUCAGCCUGGAACCAUAAGGGCAGGAUUGGGAUGCGGAUUGAAGUGUAUGGAUGUGCAUACAGAUCUGAGGUGGUUUAUUUUGAUGGACAAAGUGCUCUGUUGCACAGAUUUGAUAAAGAAUCCAUGGCACCAAUAAGAGAUACUAUAUCUUUGAAAUUUAAAGCCAGGCAGAGCAAUGGAAUCAUACUCCGCAGAGCAGGACCACAUGGAAAUGACUUUACGUUGGAAUUAAUUAAAGGAAAGCUUGUCUUUUUUCUUAAUCCAGGCAAUGCUCAUGUGCCACCUACUGAUGCUCCUGUGACCCUCACUCUGGGCAGCCUGCUAGAUGACCAGCACUGGCAUUCUCUCCUCCUCGACAUCCUCAGCACACAUAUCACCCUCACUUUGGACAAACACACUUAUCAUUUUCAUGUAAAGGAAUCCAGUUACGUGGAUCUUAAUUUUGAGAUCAGCUAUGGAGGGAUUCUAACUCCCAAAGGAGCACUGGGAUUCUCACAUAAAAACUUCCAUGGAUGUUUAGAAAAUCUUUACUAUAAUGGAGUAAAUAUUAUUGAGUUGGCCAAAAAACACAAAACAGAAAUCUUCACUAUGGGAAAUGUGUCCUUCUCAUGUCCACAACCACAGGUUGUCCCCGUGACUUUCUUGAGCCCUGGGAGUCAUCUGGCUCUGCCAGGCAACUCUGGGGAGGACAAAGUAUCUGUCAGUUUUCAGUUUCAGACAUGGAACAAGGCAGGUCAGCUGCUUUCCAGGGAAUUUUGGCGUGGCUCUGGAAGUUUUGUCCUCUUUCUUAAGGAUGGAAAACUUGAACUGAGUCUCUUCCAGCCAGGACGGUCCUCAAGGAACAUCACAGCAGGCACUGGACUCAAUGACGGGCAGUGGCAUUCUGUGUCCUUCUCCGCUAACUCGAGCCACGUGACUGUGGCGGUGGAUGGCGAGGCAGCUGGGCAGCCCCUGGUGACCAGGCCGAUGGGAUCAGGCGGUACCUAUCACUUCGGAGGAAUUGGUCAGAACACUAGCCCCGAUCUUCCUCUGCCACCUCAUGCCCAAGACUACCUGCACCCGCGCACCACACCCUCCUGUGUCCUUCCCCGCACUCAGCCAGACCCCAGCCCAAUUCACCCGACCACGGCCUUCACAUGCCCCUUUCCGAACUCAGUUCAGGCCUACCAUGGUGGCACCUGCCUGUCACCUCAGCUAGUGGGAAGCGGGGGUAGUGGGUGA